CCUUUCCUCUCCCAUCCUUUCUCUGUGCUGCUGUGCCCCCUCCCCAAACCCACCCGCGUCCCUCCCCAGGACUCUGUUCUGGAUCGCUGCUGCCUCCUGGUGGCAGCCUUGGGAACGGCAGGAGGUCUCCUGGUGGGCACCGUGAAGUGAAGACCAUUCCUUCUAAGGAAGCCGGUGGGAGGAUGGCCCCCGAGGUGGUGCUGUGUGAGACCAUGAAGGAUACGCCCUAUGACUACAAGGCAGACAUCUGGUCCCUUGGCAUCACGCUGAUUGAGAUGGCAGAGAUCGAGCCCCCACAUCACGAGCUGAAUCCCAUGCGUGUCCUGCUUAAGAUCGCCAAGUCGGACCCCCCCACGCUGCUGGCACCCUCCAAGUGGUCUGUGGAGUUCCGGGACUUCCUAAAGACAGCAUUGGAUAAGAACCCAGAGACCCGGCCCAGCGCAGCACAGCUGCUGGAGCAUCCGUUCGUCAGUGGUGUCACCAGUAACAAGGCUCUGCGGGAACUGGUGGCUGAGGCCAAGGCUGAGGUGAUGGAGGAGAUUGAGGAUGGCAGGGAUGAGGGCGAAGAGGAAGAUGCCACAGACGCCACCUCUCCCCUGGAGACCCAUACUCAGGACCCUUCUGAGGAGCCACCCGCCCUGCAGCCACCCAGCCAGCCUCAGGACAGCGCAAACGGUCCCUGCAGCCAGCCCUCCAGGGACAGGUCCCUCCAUGCCACCAGCCCCCCAGACACCGUCUCGUCAAGCGACAAUGACCUAGCAGUGCCUGUUACCCUCCGGAAGCCCCGGCCAGUGUCCAUGGAGGCCAGAAUUCAGGCGGCCGAAGAGAAGCAAGGUGCUGGCCAGGCCCGGGAUCUCAGUCCUGCAGCCGCCAGGUCCCAGAAGGCUGGCCAGAGCCGGCCCAACAGCAGCGCCCUGGAGACCCUGGGUGGCGAGAAGAUGGCCAAUGGUGGCCUGGAGCUCCUGGUCCCCGCAGCAUCAGACCCUUCCAAGAGGGCCUCAGAUUGUGGCAGCAUGGACUACAGCCCUUCCCUGUCAGCCGACCUGUCCCUGAACAGAGAAACAGGCUCCCUGUCCCUGAAGGACUCAAGGCUGCACAACAAAACCCUGAAGCGGACACGCAAAUUUGUAGUGGACGGCGUAGAGGUGAGCAUCACCACCUCCAAGAUAAUCAGCGAAGAUGAGAAGAAGGACGAGGAGAUGAGGUUUCUCAGGCGCCAGGAACUCCGAGAGCUCCGGCUGCUUCAGAAGGAAGAGCACCGGAACCAGGCGCAGCUGAGCAGCAAGCACGAGCUGCAGCUGGAGCAGAUGCUCAGGCGCUUCGAGCAGGAGACCAGCGCCAAGAAGAAGUUCUUUGACACGGAGCUGGAGAACUUGGAGCGCCAGCAAAAGCAGCAGGUGGAGAAGAUGGAGCAAGACCAUGCCGUACGCCGCCGGGAGGAGGCCAAGCGGAUCCGCUUGGAGCAGGACCGGGACUAUGCCCGGUUCCAGGAGCAGCUCAAGCUGAUGAAGAAGGAGGUGAAGAGCGAGGUGGAGAAGCUCCCCCGGCAGCAGCGCAAGGAGAGCAUGAAGCAGAAGAUGGAGGAGCACUCACAGAAAAAGCAGCUUCUGGACCGGGACUUUAUAGCUAAACAGAAGGAGGACCUGGAGCUGGCCAUGAAAAAGCUCACCGCAGAAAACAAGCGUGAGAUCUGCGACAAGGAGCGCCAGUGCCUCAGCAGGAAGCAGGAGCUCCUUCGAGACCGGGAGGCAGCCCUGUGGGAGAUGGAGGAGCACCAGCUGCAGGAGAGGCACCAGCUGGUGAAGCAGCAGCUCAAGGACCAGUACUUCCUGCAGCGGCAUGAGCUGCUGCGCAAGCACGAGAAGGAGCGGGAGCAGAUGCAGCGCUACAACCAGCGGAUGACGGAGCAGCUGAAGGCGCGGCAGCAGCAGGAGAAGGCGCGGCUGCCCAAGAUCCAGAGGAGCGAGGGCAAGACGCGCAUGGCCAUGUACAAGAAGAGCCUGCACAUCAACGGCGCAGGCAGCGCCUCGGAGCAGCGCGAGAAGAUCAAGCAGUUCUCCCAGCAGGAGGAGAAGAGGCAGAAGGCGGAGCGGCUGCAGCAGCAGCACAAACAUGAGACUCAGAUGCGGGAUAUGGUGGCCCAGUGUGACAGCAACAUGACUGAGCUGCAGCAGCUCCAGAAUGAGAAGUGCCACCUCUUGGUAGAGCACGAAACACAGAAACUGAAGGCCCUGGACGAGAGCCACGACCAGACCCUGAAGGAGUGGCGGGAGAAGCUUCGGCCUCGCAAAAAGGCUCUGGAAGAGGAUUUGAACCAGAAAAAGAGGGAGCAGGAAAUGUUCUUCAAACUCAGUGAGGACGCCGAGUGCCCAAACCCCACCACUCCCAGCAAGGCCGCCAAGUUCUUCCCCUACAACUCUGCUGACGCGUCUUAAUUCUGGCUGCCUGGAGCCUCCAG